AUGUUCAUUGCACGUUCGGAAUAUGACCGUGGAAUCAACACCUUCUCCCCGGAAGGUCGUCUGUUCCAGGUCGAAUACUCUCUUGAAGCUAUCAAACUAGGUUCUACAGCGAUCGGUGUUGCUACAUCGGAGGGUGUCAUUCUUGGCGUGGAGAAGCGUGUCACAUCUACCCUUCUGGAAGCGUCGUCCGUCGAGAAGAUUGUUGAGAUUGAUCAGCAUAUUGGUUGCGCCAUGUCUGGCCUGCAAGCCGAUGCCCGCAACCUGGUCGAGCACGCCCGUGUCGAAUGCCAGAACCAUGCCUUCCACUUCGCCGAGCCCCUGCGCGUUGAGAGUACCACACAGGCUAUUUGCGAUUUGGCCCUGCGAUUCGGAGAGAGUGGCGAUGAUGAGGAGAGCGUUAUGAGCAGACCGUUUGGUGUUGCGUUGCUAAUUGCUGGAUAUGACGAGGAUGGUCCUCAGCUAUAUCACGCCGAGCCCUCAGGUACUUUCUACCGUUACGAUGCCAAGGCGAUUGGCUCCGGAAGCGAAGGCGCACAGGCCGAGCUGCAGAACGAAUACCACCGCUCCUUGACGCUGGCCGAAGCCGAGACCCUCGUUCUGAAGACACUGAAGCAGGUGAUGGAGGAGAAGUUGGAUGCGAAGAAUGUGCAGCUGGCAAGCGUGACGAAGGAGAAGGGCUUCCGCAUCUACAAUGAUGAAGAGAUGGGCCGUGCUGUGGCACAGCUGGGUGGGAAUCAAUGA